CAAAGCUUUCCCGAUCCACCAACCGAGAAACGAGAAAAAAAACUUGAAAAUAGAACAUCUUUUUGUACCAUUUUGGAGCUCUAGAUUUUCAAUCUUUGCCCCUCAACUCCUCAGAAUUCCUUGGCUCAAACAAUGAUCCGAUUUAUUUUGUUGCAAAAUAGGCAAGGCAAGACUCGUCUGGCCAAAUACUAUGUUCCCCUCGAGGAUUCCGAGAAGCACAAAGUCGAAUACGAGGUUCAUCGAUUGGUGGUUAACAGAGACCCCAAAUUUACUAAUUUCGUGGAGUUCCGUACGCACAAGGUAAUCUACAGGCGUUAUGCUGGAUUGUUUUUCUCAUUGUGUGUUGACAUAACAGAUAAUGAGUUGGCAUAUUUGGAGUCUAUUCAUUUAUUUGUGGAGAUAUUGGACCAUUUUUUCAGCAAUGUAUGCGAGCUUGACUUAGUUUUUAAUUUUCACAAGGUUUAUCUGAUACUCGAUGAAUUCAUUCUUGCUGGAGAGCUUCAAGAAACAAGUAAAAAGGCUAUAAUAGAGAGAAUGGGGGAACUGGAGAAACUAGAUUAAAUAUGACUCCGCAUGAAAGACAGAUGGUGCAAUUUGUGUCAAGUAUUUCUCAAUUUCUUUUUACCUGUUUUGCACAGCCAAAUCUUUAUUGUAUCAUUAGAAAACUGAAACACAAGGAAUCCCCUUAAACCCUUUCCCCUUUUCCAAAUGUAGUCUCUGUAAUGUUACUUUGUUUAAAUUGGAUAAAUUUUUAUUUGUUUUCCAUUGGGUAAA